CUGUUUAAAAAACCUGGGGAUAAAAGCCACUGAUGAUGAAGAAGCUAAGAUACUAAUAUUCUGAUAUUAAGUUCUGCUUUCUACUGAAGUGGCAAAAAAAACCUGGAUGGUUUUUCAUGACACUUUUAGAAAUUAAGCAUUAACCAUUGAUCAUUUAUGUCUAAAAUCUCAAAAAUCCACAAGUCUUUUCUUUUAUUUUUAUAAAAAAAUAAUAUACAUACAUAUAUAUAUAUACAGUAUAUUGGAGUCUUUUAAAAUCAGCAUCAAACUGUCAGGGGUUUCCACAGCAGGCCACCGAUCCAAAGGAGAAUGUUCGACGUGUGUGUCUUUAAUGUACAGUGUAUGUUGUGUUGUGUAUUUGUGAGUCUCGGUUUCUCAGCAGAGUGUAGAGUUCCUUGCCCUCGUGUAUUUUUAGCCGUUCGCAGAAGCAGGUGGUUCAGAGACAUCGACCAAACUCACACUGAAAAGCACAAGACUGCUGCUAACAAGACAGGUUUAUGUGUCGACAUGUUAGCUUGAAACAACUGUUUUGAACAAUUAGAAUGUUUGUUUUUGAUCUGAGUUCACUGAACAAAAAAUGGCAACAACUGGUUGUCAGGUUGAUUUAAAAAAAAGGCCAGAUGUUUCACAUUUUGCUCAGUUGGCACAUUGUCUGGUCAUAAAACCACAGUGAUUGUGAGUUUAAACAUUAACCUGGAGGAUGAGAGUGGCUGUUAGAGGGGACGCUUCGCCUGCAGACAGCUCUGCCGCUGCUCCGUGACACUCGGAGGAUAUUAGGUUCCCAAAAUGAGCAACUUUAAGGAAAUCUUGAGGGAGAUUGGAGAGUUUGGCUUGUUUCAGAAACGUUUGGUGGCUGCGUUGUGCAUCCCCAGYGUUUUCGUUGCUUUUGACGUGAUCGGACAGGUGUUCACGGGCAUGAGCUUCCCUCACCACUGCAACACRGACUGGAUCUCGGAGCGUGGUCCCAACCUGACAGAUGAACACAAACGAAACCUCACCAUCCCUGUGAACAGUGAAGGAAACUAUGAGAGCUGCCAAAUGUUCACACCGGUGAGCUGGGAUCUGGAAACCAUAGAAAAGUACGGCCUCAAUUCAACAACUGGAUGCAUGAAUGGAUCCGACUUUGAGUCUCCUGAAGGGGCCUCCAGCAUCGUGACCGAGUUCAACCUGGUGUGCGACCGGAGCGGUUUAAUAGAAGCGUCGCAGUCUGUCUACAUGGCGGGUCUUCUGGUUGGAGCGUUUGUCCUGGGGCAGAUGGCUGACAGGUUUGGUCGCCGUUUUGUGAUCCUGCUCUCGCUCCUCCUCCAGUUCUUGUUCGGCGUGGGCGCCAGCUUCUCACCCAACAUCUACGUUUACAUUGUGCUCAAGUUCGUUUGUGGCUUCUCAAUCUCUGGAAUCCUCGUCAACGUGUUUGUUAUCGGUGGAGAAUGGAGCGACUCUUCUAAGUUUGCCCUCUGCACCAUUGUCUCCCACUCUUUUUUUCCUCUGGGGUUGAUGAUGUUGUCUGGGAUUGCAUACUUGAUUCGUAACUGGAGGGUCCUGCAGCUGGUGCUCUUCAGCCCUGUCAUCAUUGUCCUGGGAAUCUUCUACUGGUUUGCAACAAGUCUGAUGUACUACGGACUCAGCCUGAACGUUGGCAACUUUGGUUUGGAUAUUUACCUCACGCAGUUCAUCUUUGCCAUUGUAGAGUUCCCCGCACGUCUGGGCUCUUUGCCUAUCCUUCAGCACUUUGGGAGAAAGUUCUGCCAAACAGGAGUGCUGCUGUUUGGAGGUUUAGCCUGUCUUGGGAUUCUUGCUGUACCGAAAGAUCUUCCCGUUGUUGUAACCGUCAUAGCUGUUCUGGGUAAAUUUGCUGCCACGGCCAGUUUUUCCACAGUUUAUGUUUACACUGCAGAAUUAUACCCCACCAUCCUGAGACAGAAUGGUGUAGGUCUGAACUCCAUGUGCGCUCGCGUGGCGGGAAUCCUGGCUCCUCUGAUCCGGCUCCUGGUAGUCUACCAUCACACCAUCCCAAUGCUGAUAUACGGCAUCGUCCCCAUUGUGGCUGGGGGUCUCUGUGUUCUGCUGCCUGAAACUCUCCAUACUGAACUUCAGGACCACACUGAGAUCAUAAAACCCAUCAAUGGAUCCUUCAUUCAGAAAUGCAAAGCAGAAAAGAUCACAAAGUUGUGAUUUUGACUGCUACUGCAUUUUUCAUUAUCACUUUGUUUUUCUCAUUUUAUGGCCAUUUCUUAUACAUAUAAUAUUUAUCAGCCUCAUUAUGUGUCAUGUAUUAAUAUUUGUUGUUGCAAUUUGUAAAUUCGCUGCCACUGCCAUUAAUGUURUAAUGUACACUGGCCAAUAAAGAGAUUAUAUGCUUGUA